UUUUUCUGUUGGUGACGUUUCUGACAUGUAUAGAAUAGAAAAAAAUAGUAAUUUUCAACGACGUUAAAAACGAGUUUUUCUUAUAAAAUAAGUAAAUCUAAUUAACUUUAAAUAUAAAAAACAUUAAAAAAUAAUACAACAACAAAAAUAAUUGAUUGACCAACAAAGAACAAACACAACAUAAAAGGCAGAGGAAAAAAAGUGGAAAAAAGGCAAGACCAGCAGAGGGCAGCAAUAAUUCGCAGAAAUUAAACAUAGUAGUUUUUGCUAAAAUGUGUGGUGUGAGCCAGCAAAAGGGCUGGCGUAAGCCAAAUAUUUCUUUGGCUAUAGUGGGAAUCAAUUUACUGCUAUUGUUGCAAUGCAUUGGUGUUAGUGAGCAAUUCUAUUUGCCGGGUUUGGCCCCAGUUAAUUAUUGCAUAAAAUCGGAUGCAUCCAGUAAUUGUAAGUCUAAUGUUACUCUUUACGUAAAUCGUUUGAAUACCGAGGAGUCUGUUAUUCCUUAUGAAUAUCAUCAUUUCGAUUUUUGUAUUGGCAAUGAAAAUAACUCUCCUGUUGAAAAUCUGGGCCAAGUGGUCUUUGGAGAACGUAUACGUCCCGGUCCCUAUAAGGUUAAUUUCUUAGAAGACGUCGAAUGUAAGCCGGUUUGUAUUAAAAACUAUAUCGGUGGCGAAUCUGACAGCGACAGACGUAUGAUGGUACUCAAGAAAGGCAUCAGUUUGAAUUAUCAACAUCAUUGGAUUGUCGACAAUAUGCCGGUUACUUGGUGUUAUCCUCUGGAAAAUAACAAACAAUAUUGUAGUACUGGUUUCCCCAUGGGCUGUUUGGUACGCAGUGAUAGUGAUGCUGGUUGUCUUAUUAAUCCCAACUAUAAUAGACGUGGCUUCUAUUAUCCCUUCAAUCAUGUGGAUUUGAAAAUUACCUAUCACAGUGGACAAACCGAGGAGUGGGGUGUUGGUUUCCGUGCCAAUGGCGGUCGUAUUAUUUCAGUUAAAGUAACGCCCAGCUCUAUCAAUCAUGUUGAUCCGAAUAAAUUGGAUUGUAAGAAUACCGAUCCAUUGGCUGUUAAGGGCAGUCCAUUAACACCCGGCGAAAAACUAUCCAUCAUUUAUACCUAUAGUGUGGAAUUUGUACGUAAUGAUGCUGUUAAAUGGUCAUCCAGAUGGGAUUAUAUAUUGGAAUCUAUGCCACACACCAACAUCCAAUGGUUCUCUAUUUUAAAUUCCUUGGUUAUUGUUCUAUUUCUGUCCGGUAUGGUUGCCAUGAUUAUGUUGCGUACUUUGCACAAGGAUAUUGCUCGUUACAAUCAAAUGGAAAGUGGUGAAGAUGCUCAAGAGGAGUUCGGUUGGAAAUUGGUACAUGGUGAUGUAUUUCGUCCACCUCGUAAAGGCAUGUUACUGUCAGUAUUUUUGGGCUCUGGUGUACAAGUAUUCUGCAUGACACUAAUUACGUUGGCCUUUGCCUGUUUGGGUUUCUUAUCCCCUGCCAAUCGUGGUGCUUUAAUGACUUGCUCUAUGGUAUUGUAUGUAGCCUUGGGCACUCCAGCUGGUUAUGUUUCGGCUCGUAUUUAUAAGAGCUUUGGUGGCAUCAAAUGGAAGAGUAAUGUUAUUUUAACAUCUAUGCUAUGUCCAGGUGUGGUAUUUUGCUUGUUCUUCGUUAUGAAUCUUGUACUUUGGGGUGAGCAGUCUUCGGGUGCUGUGCCAUUCAGUACAUUGAUUGCUUUGUUGGCCUUGUGGUUUGGUGUUUCGGUACCCUUGACAUUUGUUGGAGCUUACUUUGGUUUCCGUAAGAGGUCUUUGGAACAUCCCGUACGUACUAAUCAAAUUCCCCGUCAAAUUCCCGAUCAGUCGAUUUAUACACAACCCGUGCCCGGCAUCAUUAUGGGAGGCGUUUUACCUUUCGGUUGUAUUUUCAUUCAAUUGUUCUUCAUACUUUCAUCGAUUUGGUCCAAUCAAAUGUACUACAUGUUCGGUUUCCUAUUCUUGGUCUUUGUCAUUUUGGUUAUAACUUGCUCGGAGACCACCAUCCUCUUGUGCUAUUUCCAUCUGUGUGCGGAAGAUUAUCACUGGUGGUGGCGAUCGUUCUUGACAUCGGGUUUUACAGCCGUAUAUCUGUUUAUAUACUGUUGUCAUUAUUUCGUAACGAAAUUGUCUAUAAAGGAUGCAGCCUCAACAUUCUUGUACUUUGGAUAUACUUCGAUAAUGGUAUUUUUGUUUUUCUUGCUGACCGGUUCCAUUGGCUUCUUUGCCUGCUUUUGGUUUAUACGCAAAAUUUACAGUGUUGUCAAAGUGGAUUAAAUUUGUAUGCAAGUAUGGCUUUACUUUAUAGCUUCUAAGCUAUGUUAUGCUAAUAUUCAAAAGGAUUGAAACCUUAGAAUAAUUAGCAUACACUUAUAAUUAAGUUGUGAUUUAUUUUUUGUCUUUAGAAAACUUUUAAAUAAUAAAGAAAUAUAAUAAUA